AUGAUUUUGAAAUCUUUUCUACUAGGUAAUCUAGUAUCCUUAUGCAUGAAGAUAAUCAAUUCGGUCGUUGUGGUCGGACUCUAUUAUGGAUUUCUGACCACAUUCUCCAUAGGACCCUCCUAUCUCUUCCUUCUCCGAGCUCACGUUAUGGAAGAAGGAGAAGAAGGAGCCGAGAAGAAGGUAUCAGCAACAACUGGUUUUAUUACGGGACAGCUCAUAAUGUUCAUAUCGAUCUAUUAUGCGCCUCUGCAUCUAGCACUGGGUAGACCUCAUACAAUAACUGUCCUAGCUCUACCGUAUCUUUUGUUUCAUUUCUUCUGCAAUAGUAAGAAAAACUUCUUGGAUUAUGGAUCUACUACCAGAAAUUCAAUGCGUAAUCUCAGCAUUCAAUGUGUAUUCCUGAAUAAUCUCAUUUUUCAAUUAUUGAAUCAUUUCAUUUUACCAAGUUCAAUGUUAGCGAGAUUAGUCAACAUUUUUAUGUUUCGAUGCAACAGCAAGAUGCUAUUUGUAACAAGUAGUUUUGUUGGUUGGAUAAUUGGUCACAUUUUAUUCAUGAAAUGGGUUGGAUUGCUAUUAGUUUGGAUACGGCAAAAUCGAUCUAUUCGGAAGUACAUUCAAGCUAAUAAAUACCUUGUGUUAGAAUUGAAAAAUUCUAUGUCUAUGGCUGGUAUCUUUAGUAUUUUCUUAUUAGUUACCUGUGUCCACUAUUUAGGCAGAAUACCGUCACCCAUUUUUAGUACUAAACUGAACAUGCUCGAGAAAAUGGAAGAAGAAGAAGAAUUUGAUAACAAUGAAGAAGAAGAAUUUGAUAACAAUGAAGAAGAAGAAUUUGAUAACAAUAAAACGGUUGAUUAUAUGUAUGGGAAUCAAGAAAAUUUGAAGUUCAAAAUACUUGAAAAAAAGCAAAAAGAUGAAGAAAAGAACUUUUUUUUAUUUGAAAAACCUAUUCUGACCUUUUUUUUCGAUUAUAACCGAUGGAAUCGUCCAUUACGAUACAUAAGAAAGAUAAAUAAAAAAUUGAAAGGCUCUGUAAGAAAAGAAGCCUCACAAUAUUUUUUUUAUACAUGCCAAAGUGAUGGAAAACAAAGAAUAUCUUUUACAUAUCCUCCGAGUUUGUCAACUUUUGGAGAAAUGAUAGCAAGAAGGAUAUCGUUGUCUACAUUAGAAAAAAUCUCCCCUGAUGAACUAUACACCGAGUGGGUUUUUACCAAUAAAGAGAAAAAGAACAACUUAAAUAAUGAAUUUAUAAAUAGAAUUGAAGCCUUAGAGACAGUAUUUCUUUCUCUAAAUAUACUUGAAGCAAAGACUAGAUUGUCUAAUGCUGAGACUAAAAACAAAAACAAUUGCUUAGUUAAAAUGUAUGAUCCCUUUUUGAAUGGGAUGUAUCGCGGAAGAAUGAAGAAAUUGUUUUCUUCUUCAAUCAUAAAUGAAACUUCGAUAGAAAAUUGCACAGAAACAGCUGAACUAAAUAAAAUUCAUGAUAUCCUUCUUCCCUAUCCUAAUUCUCCAGAAAAUGAACAGAAAAUCGAAAGAUCAGAAAAAAAAAAACGAAAAAUUGAUUCAAAUAAUGGGUUAAAGUUUUCAUUGAACGAAAUUCUAACUAACCCUAAACGUGAAAAAAAAUAUAUUGGAAUAAACGAAAUAGGUAAAAAACCCCCUCGAUGGUCAUACAAAUUAAUCAACGAGUUGGAACAAUAUUUUAAAAAACGACGAAAAGAACAAGGCAUAAUGCAAGGACUGGAUCACCAGCUUCGAACAAGAAAAUUUAAACAUAUAGCUUUUUUAACGCGUUCCGAACGAAGUUUUAAGAAGUCUCAUUUCAAGAAUUAUAAUCUUUAUAGAAAAUUUAAUAGAGAUUCGGGUUUUAUAAGUUAUUUGGAAGAACCGGAUUUUCGUCGAGCCGUAAUCAAAGAUUCUAUGCGUGUUCAAAGGCGUAAAAUGGUUAUUUGGGGACCGUCUCAAGGAAAUCCCCAUUCCCCCCUUUUUUUGGAAAAAAUGGAAGAUUUUCCUUUUCCUAUAUCCGACCUAAUGAAACUUUUUUUUAAUAUUAGAGAUUGGUUAGGUAAAAAGUCAGAAUUCGAAAUUUUAGAUCAACAAUUCCAAAUAAAAAAAAAUAACCAGGAGGACGUAAUAGAAUUCUGGGAGAACAUUCCAUAUGCACAAAAAUCAAGAAGUGUUUUGUUACUAGCUCAAUCAAUUUUUAGAAGAUAUAUUAAAUUACCCUUAUUGAUAAUAGCUAAGAAUAUUGGUCGUAUUUUAUUACGACAAUCUCCGGAAUGGUACGAGGAUUUUCAAGAUUGGAAUAGAGAAAUUUAUCUAAAGUGCAACUAUAACGGUCUUCAAUUCUCCAAAACGGAAUUUCCUAAAAAUUGGUUAAUCGAAGGUUUUCAGAUAAAAAUCCUAUAUCCUUUUCAUUUGAAACCUUGGCACAGAUCUAAGCUACGACUCUCUGAUAGAGAUCGAAAGCAACAAGAUGAUUUUGAUUCUUGUUUUUUAACAGUUUUGGGAAUGGAAACGGAAUAUCCUUUUGGUCCUCCGCGAAAAACACCUUCCUUUUUUGAACCCAUUUUUAAAGAUAUAGACUAUAAAGUCGAAAUCAGAAAAUUCAAUUUUAGAAUUCGAAGAGCUUUAAAAAAAAUAAAAAAAAAAGAAGCAAAAGUCUUUUUCUUUGUAAAACAAAUACUAAAAGAACUUUUAAAAGGAAAGAAAAUUCCAUUAUUUAUAACGAGAGAAAUAUAUGAAUCAAAUGAAACUGAAAGAGAAAAGGAUUCUAUAAUCAGCAAUAAGAUAAUUCAUGAAUCACUUAGUCAAAAUCGACCUAAAGGUUUGACAAAUUAUUCACAGACAGAAGAAGAAAUGAAACAUAGAAUUGAUAGAAGAAACACAAUCAGAAAUCAAAUAGAAAUAAUGAAAAAAAAUAAAAAAACAGUAACGCUGAAAAAAAAAAUAAAUAAAAAGAAUAAUGGAGAAGCACUCCCAACAAUUUGGAAAAUAUUAAAAAGAAAUAAUAUUGAAUUAAUAGUUAAAAUUUUCAUUGAAAAAAUAUACAUAGAUAUCUUUCUAUGUAUCAUUAAUAUGCGCAGAAUCGCUCUACAACUUUUUAUGGAAUCAACAAAAAAAAUUAUUGAGAAAUACAUUGACAAUAACGAAACAAAUAAAGAAAAGAUUAAUAAAACAAAACAAAAUCAAAUUGACUUUAUUUCGACUAGGACUAUAAAAAAGGCUUUUGAUAAUCUUAGAAAUAGUAAGCGGAAGUCAAAUAUUUUUUUUGAGUUAUCUUACUUGUCACAAAAAUAUGUAUUUUUAAAAUUAUCACAAACCCAGGUUAUUCACUUCAAUAAGUUAAGAUCUAUUCUUCAGUACAAUGGACCGUCUUUUUUUCUUAAGAAUGAAAUAAAGGAUUUUUUUGGAAGACAAGGAAUCUUUGAUUACGAAGUAAGACAUAAGAAACUUCCAAAUUCUGGAAUGAAUCCAUGGAAAAACUGGUUAAGAGGUCAUUAUCAAUACGAUUUAUCUCAGAUUACAUGGUCUAGAUUAGUCCCACAAAAAUGGCGAAAUGGAAAAAAUCAAUGCCAGCCGUCUCAAAAUAAGGAUCUAAAUAAAUGGUAUUCCUAUGAAAAAGACCAAUUAUUUGAUUACAAAAAAAAACAAAAUUUGAAAGUCUAUUUAUUAUCAAAUAAAGAAGAGAAUUUUCAAAAAAACUAUAGAUAUGAUCGUUUAUCAUAUAAAUAUAUUCAUUCUGAAACUAAUAAGAAGUCCUAUAUUUAUAGAUCAUCAUUAGAACCAAAUAAGAAGCAAGAAAAUUCCACCAGAAAUAAAGAAAAAACUGUUAACAUACUCAAAAAUAUUCCUAUCAAGAAUUAUCUAGGAAAAAGUGAUAUUAUAUAUAUGGAAAAAAAUACAGAUAGAAAAUAUUUGGGUUGGAAAUUGAAUACAAAUAUUCAGGUUGAAUCUAAUAAGGACCAAAUCCAAAUAAGGGAUAAAAUUCCGAAUAAUGGUCUUUUUUAUCUUCCGAUUUAUUCAAAUUCCGAAAUCAAUUACAAAAGGGUCUUUUUUGAUUGGAUGGGAAUGCCUUUUGAUUGGAUGGGAAUGAAUGAAAAAUUCUUAAUCUUAAAUCGCCCCAUAUCAAAUCCGAAAUUUUUUUUAUUUCCAGAGUUUUUGAUACUUUAUCAUAAAUAUAAAGAGAAACCUUGGUUUAUUCCAAGCAACUUACUUCUUUUUAAUUUGAAUAUCAAUCCAAAUUUUAGUGAAAAUCAAAAUAUCAAGGGAAAGCACGAAGAGGAUGAGGAUUUUUUCAAUUUUAGUCCAUCCAAUUCAAAACAAUAUUUUGAAUUAAAGAAUCAAAACAAUAUUGAAGAAUCCCUUUUAGAAUCGAUCGAAAAACUACAAAUAUUAAUCAAAGGAGAUUUUCCUUUGCAAUUAAGAUGGACUGGACGUUUGAAUCAAUUGAAUCAAAAAAUGAUGAAUAAUAUCCAGAUAUAUGGUCUCCUGGUUAGCCUAAUAAAUGUAAGAAAAAUUUCUAUAUCCUAUAUUCAAAGGAAAGAAAUGAAUUUGGAUAUAAUGAGGAGACGUUUAAAUCUUACACAAUUAACAAAAAAGGGAAUAUUAAUUAUGGAACCCGCCCGUCUAUCUGUAAAAAAUGACGGACAGUUUUUUAUGUAUCAAAUCAUAGGUAUUUCGUUGGUUCAUAAAAGUAAGCACCAAAGUAAUCAAAGAUACCGAAACCCCCAAAAUGUUGCUAAGAAUCAUUUUGAUGAAUCCAUUCCAAGACAUAAAACUCUAAAUAGAGACAAAAAGAAUUCUGAUUUGCUUGUUCCUGAAAAAAUUUUAUCGUCUAGACGUCGUAGAGAAUUGAGAAUUCUAAUUUCCUUCAAUUUAAAGAAUCAAAAUAAUGUGCAUAGAAAGAAAUUCUUUUGCAAGGAGAACAAGAUAAAAAACUGGAGUCAAUUUUUGGAUGAAAGUGAAAAUUUUGACAGAAAAAAAAAUGAAUUAAUAAAAUUAAAGUUCUUUUUUUGGCCUAAUUAUCGAUUAGAGGAUUUAGCUUGUAUGAAUCGCUAUUGGUUUGACACCAAUAAUGGGAGCCGCUUUAGUAUGUUAAGGAUAUAUAUGUAUCCCUAA